AUGCACGAGUGGAGAGCCCUGUUCCUGCUCUGGGCCGUGGUGGAGGCCACCCAGGACUGCCCCAAACCAUGCACUUGCCAGUCCCUGGAGACCAUGGGGCUGUGGGUGGACUGCACAAGCCGGGGGCUUACAUCGCUGCCCACCCUGCCCGCCCGUACCCGCCACCUCCUGCUAGCCAACAACAGCCUGCAUGAGGUGCCCCCAGGAGCCUUUGACCACCUGCCCCAGCUGCAGAUCCUCGACGUGACACAGAACCCCUGGCACUGCGACUGCAGGCUCACCUACCUUCGCCUCUGGCUGGAGGACCGCGCACCUGAGGCCCUGCACCAUGUUCUCUGCGCCAGCCCUGGCCCGGCCACCGCCCACCCUCUGGGCCACCUAACUGGCUAUGAGCUAGGCAACUGUGGCUGGCAACUGCAGGCCUCUUGGGCCUCCCCUGGCAUCUGGUGGGACAUGGCACUGGUCAUCGUGGCUACAGUGAGUCUGGGGCUCCUGACUGGCCUGCUGUGUACUAUCAGCAGGCCCCACCACUGA